CCCGCCGGCGCCUGCCGCUCCCCGCGCUCGCAGCGCGGGCCUGGGGACCCGGGAGCCCGCCGCCUGGCCGCAGCAUGGGGCGCUUCCGCGGGGGCCUGCGGUGCAUCAAGUACCUGCUGCUCGGCUUCAACCUGCUCUUCUGGCUGGCUGGAUCAGCCGUCAUUGCUUUUGGACUAUGGUUUCGGUUCGGAGGUGCCGUAAAGGAGUUAUCGUCAGAAGACAAGUCCCCAGAGUAUUUCUACGUGGGGCUCUAUGUUCUGGUUGGAGCCGGGGCCCUGAUGAUGGCCGUGGGGUUCUUCGGGUGCUGCGGAGCCAUGCGGGAGUCACAAUGUGUGCUUGGAUCAUUUUUUACCUGCCUUCUGGUGAUAUUUGCUGCUGAAGUAACCACUGGAGUAUUUGCUUUUAUAGGCAAAGGGAUAGCUAUCCGACAUGUUCAGACCAUGUAUGAAGAGGCUUAUAAUGAUUACCUUAAAGACAGGGGAAAAGGCAAUGGGACGCUCAUCACCUUCCACUCAACAUUUCAGUGCUGUGGAAAAGAAAGCUCCGAACAGGUCCAACCCACGUGCCCAAAGGAGCUUCUAGGACAUAAGAAUUGCAUCGAUGAAAUUGAGACCAUAAUCAGUGUUAAGCUCCAGCUCAUUGGAAUUGUCGGUAUUGGAAUUGCAGGUCUCACGAUCUGUGGCAUGAUAUUCAGCAUGGUCCUCUGCUGUGCGAUACGAAACUCACGAGAUGUGAUAUGAAGCUACUUCUACAUGAAAAUUGUAAUCUAAAGCUUUCAUACCAAAUGUCACAGGAGCUGUCUCCCAGCUCAUUUUUAAUACUGAAAUGACAUUAAGGUCUAAAAUAAUUUGCUGUCAAUUGUAUAUCUGCAUGAGUAUGUAUGUCUGGGUCAUUACUGGUUUACCCCUUGAGUGAAUGCCUAUGUAUGUUGACUGAGAGCAUAUUCAUGUGUGAUCAGCGUGUUUCUAGCAUAUGCUUUAUACAUCAUGAAAUUUGUUUGCUGGAAAUUCCUGACUCUUGUUAUAUAAGAGGAACAACCCAUUUCACUACCAGAAAAAGAUCAAAAAGCUUUCAGAAACUUUGAGAACUUGGCUGUUUAGAAAAAGCGAUAAUGGAUCAGUUUCUCACACUGUAGCCUUUGAAAAUUAGAUGCAGAGAAUUCAGAGAUUUCUUCUUAAUGGAAGCAAUAAGCUAUAUGAAUUGAGAGAUUACAUCGGAGUGUUAAAACUGACUAUGUCUAAGUUGGGUGUAAGGGUUUCCUGAAUUUUUUUAUAUUCGUGCUCUCCUCAAAAUACAGUAAACCACAGUUUUAGAACUAAACACAUCUGUAAAACCAAAUAUAGCAUGGAAAAUCUAAUUUGAAUAAGUCAUGCUUUCCUAGAAUUUAAAAAUAAAAAAGCCUUCCUCUGGAAAGAGAAGUCACACAGACAAUCAUGUGCCCUAUAAAAGUGAGUGUUUAUAGGACUAAAAAACUUUUAACAACUUUUUAAGGAAAUAUUUUUGGUCUUAUGCAAAAACAUGUAAAUACUGCUUUUUUAGUUUGCUUUUAUGAUCCUGCUCCAAACUACUGCAGCCCUCACAUCCUCAAAGGGGCUUUUAUGUUAAACUCUUCUGUUUCUCUAAAUAUAAGAACAGAAAGACUAAAGCAAAAGACCUGGCAGUUGAAAAUUGUGGGAAAGAGAAUUUUUACUGGCACUGUAUCUUUGAAAUACCUCAUAACUUACGUUUACAUGUUUUCCUAAUUUUUUGUAUUUUUCUUAUAUAUUCAGUUAGAGAAUGCUUCUUCAUAGAUUAAGAACUACAGUUUUCACCACCUAAAAUAAGUAAAACAAGCGUCUUCAUAAUUUAACCGUUAGCAUCAUUUGCCAACCAAAAUAAAACAAAGAAAAGCCUCUUUUCCUAGUUGUGUGCAGGCAACAGAAACUAGUUAAGGAAACAAAAAUACACACACAGAACAAAAUUUUUGUGUGUGUGCAGAUCCCCUGAAAAUAAAAUUUUGAAGGUGUUUUUAGUCUUAAUGCUUCAUUUUAAGUUUGUAAACCCAAAUUUAGGAUUGAUAUUGGCAUAUUUUUCGGUAAUUUUCAAUGUGUUACAGUUAGUAAACAGUAGGUUUUUUAAAAAUUACAUUUUAUAUGGCCACACAUAAAUGAAAAUAUGGGAGGCUUUGGAAACCCCCAAGUGAACUUCUAUACAUGUGAAAACACAAGUCUUUCAGUGUGCACUAAAAGUGUCACGCUCCUAAAAAACUCCAAAACAUUUUGCCAAAAAGAUAUAACUGCUUGAAAUAGUCUCUCUUCCAUGAAGAACCACAUUUCCCUUUCUGCCAUAUUUGCUACUGCUACUGAUUUUGGAGGAAACUUUUCUAGAAGAAGAAAGGUCAGAUUUGAGGCAAGCUAAAAACUCAAUUCUACAUGGCUACUUUACUGUGUCUAUAGCUAAAGAAAAAUUAUUUUACAAAAAUCGCUUCAUGAAAUAUGUUUAUACCCCAGCAGUUGAGAAAUGUGACCUUUUAGGCAGAGAACAGACAGACAGUCCUGUCUGUUGGCUUUAGUUUAUCUCUCUGCCCGAAGACAGGAAACAGGAAACAGGCCCAAGUACGUACUCAGGUUCCUUCCAAACUCAGAAGCAUCUCUGAUUUCACAAAGUGAGUUUAAUUUCCUACCUGAAUUAGCAACUUUAAAGAAGACUAAAAUAGUUAAAAGUGGAAAAAUAGAAAUAAGUACAUUUUUUAAAAAUUUAAAGUGGAAGAGAAAGGUUCUGUUCCAUGUAUGAUUAGUGUGCCCCUUUUGGGGGUAAGCUUUCCAAAAUAUGUACAUGUAUAAAAUUAGAGAAUUCCACCACUGAGCGACAGAUUUUAUGUGUGUGUGUGUAUAUAUAUGUGUGUGUAUAUGUAUAUACACACUAUAUACACACAGAUAAAUAUAUAUCUGUGUAAAUAGACACACAUAUAGUAUAUCUAUAUAUGGAUAUAUAAUCCCUAUAUAUCUUGAAUCUACAAAUAUCUUUAUACAUAUAUAAUUUGAAUAUAUACAUGUAUGUAUAUAUGGAUAUGUGUGUGUGUGUGUGUGUGCGUGUAUAUAUAUAUACACACACACACAUACACAUAUACAUGCAUUUUCAGUUAUUUCUGUUCCCCUGAAUUGAUUUGAGAUCAGACCCAAACAUGCUUUUAAAUGUCUCAUGCCAAGGCACUGAAUUAAAACGUCUUAAUAUUGAAAUAUUUUAAGUGAUUUCAAAUUAAAUUUUCUAUAUACUGAAAUUGCUUGUCUGAUUUAUCUUAAAGUCCUGUAUCUUUCUACAAACCUUCACCCAACUUAUCUAAAUGUCUAACUACCAAUCAAAUAAUGCGGUAAAAAUAAAUAAAUAAAACAGAGUGGUAACCCUUCUA